CGCGCCUUCCGUGUGCAUUUGCAGAGGAACUCUUCGAUCUACAAGUAAUAAGCGUUUCAAUUUAGGAGCACGAUGGAUGUUGCACGUAAGAAUGCUCCUGCGUCGAACGGCGAAUCCUCACAUAGAAAAGGUGCUAAGUACAUGAUGAAGGUCCACAAUGGACAACGGGUGGAAAAAGCUGAGAAGUAUGAAAUCAAAGAGAACAGGUACAAAGACAAGCACGAAAAACAAGCACAUGUUGAGAAGCAUGAAAUCAAAGAGAACAGGUACAAAGACAGGCACGAAAAACAAGCACAUGCUGAGAAGCAUGAAAUCAAAGAGAUCAGGUACAAAGACAGGCACGAAAAACAAGCACAUGCUGAGAAGUAUGAAAUCAAAGAGAUCAGGUACAAAGACAGGCACGAAAAACAUGCACAUGCUGAGAAGCAUGAAAUCAAAGAGAUCAGGUACAAAGACUGGCACGAAAAACAUGCACAUGCUGAGAAGCAUGAAAUCCAAGAGAUCAGGUACAAAGACAGGCACGAAAAACAAGCACAUGCUGAGAAGCAUGAAAUCCAAGAGAUCAGGUACAAAGAGAUCAGGUACAAAACUGCGAUUGAGAAAAACAAGCACGAAGCCAAGCAUGGAAAUGAAAAUUUGCACAUUAAACUGCGUCUAAAUUUGGAAAUGCCAAAAAACACAAGGGAUGCAAAAGUGGAAAUACAUGUACAACCCGAAGCAGCAAUGCAGAAAGACAAGGCACAGAAAAAGAAGCUGAUGGGCAACUGAGGCCAGCAAAAUGUACGAACUCUGCAGGAUGAAUCAUGAACUUUUUUCGUGCGGUUUAAAUGGUUUAAAUGUUGUGUAAUAAUUGAAGAGAGUUUGAACUUCUUGUGGUUUGUGGGGUAAUAUUUGGAGAGCUUGAAUUGAACUUCAUGUGGUUGCAUUUCAAAUAAGUUUCGAGUCGCUUGUAGAGCGCAGUGUGAACAAUCAAUGUACUGUGUGUUAUGUCAGUGUUUGCAAAACAAUGAUGCUGUCAAUGUACUGUGUGUUAUCUCGUGUUCGCAAAAAGUGAUGGUCUGUUUGGUUUGCAUGAUA